AUGUCCACUGCCUCCAGCACCAUGCACUUUUCCUAUCGCGAGGCCGACCCGCGUCCAGACCUCGCUCCGUGCCGCGGUGUGCCCAGCAGCGAUGACUACGACACGGACAGCUCUAGCGGCAAGAACGCUGGUGAACGCUGUGUCCCUGCGGAAUGGAUGACCUCCAUCUGCAUCUACUGCGGCUCCAACAUCCGUUACUGGUAG